GAAUUUUUUGUAUCUUCUUCUGUAAAGUUACUCGUAAACUUUCCCAGCACCAUUACAGAGCGGGAAAGUGAACAUUCUUCAUCGAUAACCUUCCCUAAAGGUAUCUGCUUGUUCUUUUUAAUAGGUCAUUGCAGAAACAUAAAAUUGUGCGAUAUAUAAGAUGGAAGAUUCCGAGGGAAGUAAUCCAUAUAUGAGUAUACUGAAGAGACUGGCCAGCUAUGAUUAUAUUUCCAAAAAUUAUGGGUCAUCUGGGAUUGCUGGUGCAUUUUUUAUUGCCAUUAUUAUACCAACAUUCCUCUCCAUAUUACUUAUGGGGAAGAAGAAGGCAAAACAGAGAGGUGUUCCGGUUCAAGUUGGCGGUGAGCCAGGUCUUGCAAUGCGCAAUGCUAAAUCAGCCAGAUUAGUUGAAGUUCCCUGGGAAGGGGCAACAACUGUAGCAGCUCUAUUUGAGCAGUCUUGUAAAAAACAUUCCUCUUAUCGCUGUCUUGGAGCUAGAAAGCUAGUUAGCAGGGACUUUGUUACUGCAAGUGAUGGAAGGAAGUUUGAGAAACUUCACUUGGGGGAGUAUCAGUGGGAGUCUUAUGGACAAGUAUUUGAUCGCACUUGCAACUUUGCCUCUGGUCUUAUUAGUUUGGGUCAUGAUGUGGACACUCGUGCUGCUAUCUUCGCAGAAUCUCGUGCGGAGUGGCUCAUUGCCUUUCAGGGAUGUUUCCGGCAGAAUAUUACCGUUGUUACCAUUUAUGCUUCUUUGGGUGAUGAUGCACUUAUCUAUUCACUCAAUGAGACUCAAGUAUCUACAUUAAUAUGUGAUGCCAAGCAACUGAAAAAAGUGGCUUCUGUUAGUUCGAGCCUGAAAACCAUCAAGAACGUCAUCUAUUUCGAGGAUGACGAGACGGCAACAGAUUCCACAAAUAUUGACAGCUGGAGGGUGUCGUCUUUCUCAGAAGUUGAAAAGCUGGGUAGAAAUAGUCCUAUUCAGGCAAGAUUGCCUGUCAAAGAAGAUAUUGCUGUGAUCAUGUAUACAAGUGGCAGUACAGGCUUGCCUAAGGGUGUUAUGAUAACUCAUGGCAAUAUUGUAGCCACUGCAGCUGCUGUGAUGACUGUGAUUCCAAAACUUGGAACCAGUGAUGUCUAUUUGGCUUACCUUCCUUUAGCUCACGUUUUUGAGUUGGCUGCUGAGACUGUAAUGCUGACUGCAGGUGCUUGUAUUGGUUAUGGCUCAGCCCUCACAUUGACGGACACAUCUAACAAAGUCAUGAAGGGGACCAAGGGAGAUGCUACAGUUUUAAAACCUACUUUAAUGGCUGCAGUUCCAGCCAUUCUAGAUCGUGUUCGGGAUGGUGUUAUGAAGAAGGUUGAGGAGAAGGCAGGUUCUGCCAAGAAACUUUUCCACAUCGCCUUUAAUCGUCGAUUGGCUGCUAUGGAAGGAAGCUGGUUUGGAGCUUGGGGUCUAGAGAAACAAUUGUGGGAUAUCAUUAUAUUCAAAAAGGUGAGGGCUGUGCUUGGAGGAGAUAUCCGUUUCAUGCUUUGCGGUGGUGCUCCUCUAUCAGGGGAUACUCAAAGAUUUAUCAACAUUUGUAUGGGAGCUCCAAUUGGUCAAGGGUAUGGUUUGACAGAGACAUUUGCUGGAGCUGCUUUUUCUGAGUGGGAUGAUCCUUCUGUCGGGCGUGUUGGUCCACCUCUUCCUUGUUGCUACAUAAAGCUUAUUACUUGGGAAGAAGGAGGUUACAGAAUAGUUGAUAAGCCUAUGCCUCGGGGAGAAGUAGUUGUUGGUGGAUGCAGCAUAACUGCUGGUUACUUCAACAAUGAGGAAAAAACUAAUGAGGUUUAUAAGGUUGAUGAGACAGGCAUGCGCUGGUUCUACACUGGUGACAUUGGAAGGUUUCAUCCUGAUGGGUGCAUUGAAAUUAUUGAUAGAAAGAAGGAUAUUGUUAAGCUUCAGCACGGGGAGUAUAUCUCACUUGGAAAGGUUGAGGCAGCACUUCUAUCAAGCAAUUACGUGGAGAGCAUCAUGGUGUACGCAGACCCCUUCCAUAAUUAUUGUGUAGCUUUAGUUGUCCCUUCACGCCCGGUGCUUGAGAAAUGGGCCCAAGAAAAUGGCAUCCAGCACAAAGAUUUUUCCGAACUGUGUGACAAAGUAGAAUCAGUCAAUGAGAUCAAGCAAUCACUUUUAAAGGUAGCAAAAGCUGCUAGAUUGGACAAGUUUGAGCUUCCUGCCAAGAUCAAGUUAAUAGCAGAGUCUUGGACUCCUGAGUCUGGAUUGGUAACUGCUGCUCUGAAAUUGAAACGGGAACCUCUGAAGGCUCGAUAUAAGAAUGAGUUAGAAAAGUUAUAUCAGUGAAUCAUACUUCCUUUGCCGAGUAACACUUCAUUUAGCAGCUUUGUGUGCCUCUUGCCAGUUAAUCAUCUCAAGUUGUCCUGUUGAAGUCCAAUUACACGUCUCCUUUUGCUGUUGCGUCAAUGUUAAAGCAGUUGUAUGCAUCUUUCCAUAUGGUUGUCCUGGUUAAGCAGCGAGGUAUAAUAGAUUUUGUACUCGCCUCGCCAGCUUCAGUUAUUCAUCUUAUUGAGCUUCACAUAUGGAGGUAUACAGUCAGUGUCUUUGUUUGUUAAUCAUUUCUCAGACAGGUAAAUAAAGUUAUUUGUUUGCUUUCUCUCAAUUAAUUUCUUAAUGUAGCACCAUCUAAAAUCAUUUUGAUGAGUAACUUCUUAAUUA